GAGUUUUUGUUCUAAAUCAUGUUCACAGCCUACAGAAAGAGUCUGAAUGAUAUGGUAUUUUCUACGUCGGAGAGCCCAGAAGAUCAACCAAGUACAGGAAUUUUGGGCCGUAUUGGUUACUGGUUGUCUCCGUGGAGAGGGAGAGCUUCUGUGCCGCCUUGUGAAAGUGACUCAUCGAGUGGCAGUUAUGCUGAAGACGCGGGAGGGGAGGAUGGCGAGGAGUCACUGAGAGGAGUCCCGGCCGGAGAGGAGCAGGAUUCCAGCUCGGAGAAGUUUUUCCCCUGCGAGGAGGAGAACGCCACGCAGUCUGCCCACAGAGACAGAUCUGCAGAGAGAGGAGGUCCACAGGAGGAGGAGGAGCUCGCGGUGUGCCGGGAGCAGAGGAAGGGGCGGGGCAACGAGAGGGAGGAGAGAAGCAACGGUACUUCGGAAAGUGGGAAUCACGUCUGUCAUCUGACGAAUCUCUUUACCUCCAGACCAGAAGCGGUGUGGGACUUUGACCAGCCUCGCCCCACACAGGUUCAGUCAGACAAGAGGCUCCAUGCAUACUUAGAGGAGACCAGUGUGAUUCACUCAGGCCAACAGGAAGUCGUCACAACCACUUUAAAAAAAGGUCUCCACGUUCCUGCUAAGGGAAAGUCGUCUGCUAGCUUAAGUGCAGAAACAAAUGACAUCACAGUAGUGGGAGUGUCAGAACUUCAAUCUGAUAAGGAACAAACAGACGACAUGGGUCGCAGAAAAAGAUCCAGGAGAAAAUCUCAAGGAGACGGGGGAAGCAAACCCUCCGAAAAACCUGCAGAAGAAUCGUGCAACUCUGUGUCCAGUCCCCAAAGUCCCACUUCCCCCACAGGAGAGGCAUGUUCAAACCCCUCCUCCGAGACAAACCCCACCUCACAGGCCGCACCUGGAGGAGGAGGAGGAGGGCGAAUUGAAACUGUUUGUCCAGGCGCCGUAAAACCGUUGGGCAACCUCAGGAAUUCAAUCUCUGUCGCCGCAGCCACUAAGGCAUGCGAAGACAGUACAGGUGCCGAAAUGGAGGAAGAAAGCAGCGCGUACAAGGUGGAGAGGAAGACUGAAACACCGGAGUCCAAACGCAGGAGUAUCAAGGUUUCAACUUGUGAGGUGAAGAAUUAUCCGAAAGUUUUGCCUUUAAAUCAGAACCAGCAGGAACCGAACGCUGAUCGUCCGACCACCGGAGAUGAAGACAAGAACCAGGCGGGAACCUCUUCGGACUCCAGACCUCAUGACCCGAAGAAGACCGGGGAAGACACAAAGCCCGGUUCUAGUGGGAUCGCGGAUAAAAUCAGCAUCUUCGAGCGGAGGCGCCUCGACGGGGGUCACAUCCGAGCCCCGAGGAGCGCUGACGUCUCUCCGACCAGAACCCUCACAGACAGGUUCAAGGCCGACCUCGUCGUCUCGGAGCAAAGGUCCAAAUCGGCCGAACGACCCAGAGAGCAGCGGUCGGGGUUCUCGUCCCCGUCCCGGGAGAAACCCCUGUCCGUUAAGGAGCGAACGAGAAAGUUUCUGCAAGCGUCGAAAUUAGAACCGGCUCAGAAACUUGUGGCAACUCAAAAGUCCACUUCGAAUGUCCUGGCCGCUCCGACAAAACCAGAACCAGACGUUCAGGACAAACUGGAUAUUAAAGAGCAUGCCGGGAUAACAUCAAGACUAGAGGGGGGAGGCUCUAAUGAUGUGCAGGUAUCAGGUGUUCAAUCAGCUGACUCUUCAACGAAGGAAGCUGAAGAUCAGGUUUCUAUGCAAAACAGUGUCAGGAAAAGUGAGGAAUCCACUAACAACACAACCUCACCCCCCAAAGGUCCGAGCAGGACCGGCUCCCGCUCGAAAAAAAAGAAAAACAGAGAGCCAGCCAGUCCGGUUAGUAUUCAAAACACAUCGGAGGACCCUGCUGCAAAGCAAGAGCAUGCGGGUGAUGCAGAGAAAGUCGCCUUUCCAUCUCAGGAGCUCCUCGGAGAUUUAUCAGAAAAGCAGCCACAGUCUGACACCAACGAUGAAGAAAGGGGUUUUGACGUGCUGCCAAACCGGCAGGAGGGGUCACCUGAAGCUCCCGUCCACACAGAUGAACCCGAUACCCCCAGCACAGGAACAAAGAACACUAUUGACCGUGCUGUUUCACCCCCAGACGAGGGGCUUUCAGGGGCAUUCGAAGCAAAAAGAAACCCCACAGAUAACAGUCAAACGUCAGGCUCCUCCCCCUCAGCUGAGCCGCUUCCUGCUGUCAAACAGGAAUCACUCGCUGAACAGCCCAGUUUGGGUGAGGAAUUCCAGACAAGUGAAGGAGAAUUAGGACGAGCGACGGAAGGCCAAAUCAAGGAGCCAGGAGUUACGGAGAAACUUGAAACAGUUGAGAAAGAGAAACCCAAUUAUGCUGAGAGAACGUUUCCAGCAGAAACAACGGCGUCCCUGUCCUCAAAAGACAGUGUAGGAGUUCCAUCAGACACAGACGGGAACGCUCAAGAACCAGAGGAGACCCCAGCCCUCCCCUUUCAAACUCAAAGUGCCUCUCAGGUGGAGACGGAGCACACCGAAAAAGCUGCUAUUUGCACCGCAUCCGCCGCUAAUGAGGAGGCGAGCGGCGCUGGGGCUGAUAAAAAGCCUCCCAGCGUAAGGGUGGCUUCAAAUGUAGAGUCCCUAACACAGUCCGUAGAAAGCCCCGGAAUGGAAAGAGAAACAGUCGCAGUAGAGCCCCAAUCUAAUUCUGUGUCUGUGGAAAAGCCAGAGAAUUCACUGGAUGACUCAUGUACGCAUGAGGCUAAUGCUCCAGAGCUUUCCAACUCCAAACCUUUCAUUAAAGCUGCUGCUGCAGACGAGGGAGGGAGGUCAGGAGUCACUAAUGAAUUGUCAGGGCUUAUAGACUCACUUAAAUGUAAGACAGGUGAAGAUUCCGCCACUAAAGAGCUCUCUCGCCAACCUCUCCGUGAACCUGCAAACGCCGACGUUAGGGAGCAAAACGGAGACGGGAGUGCCGCAAACAAAUCCGAGACCCCACUGGAUAAAGUCGCCGGAGAAUUAAUUAGAGCAAUAUUUAGCGACGUGUCCGUUAAGAAUCUAGAAAAUUCCCAUCCGAGUCCAUCUAAAGAGUUUGAAACGAAUGGCAACGUCUCCUCUGAUUUGCAACUUCAAAAUGACAACAAACAAUUAAUUCGUGACAAGACGAAUCAAACUCCCAAAACGUCACCAAAGAACCUCAACCCAGACUCAUUUAGAUUACCAAUGAAGAAACUCCACGUUCCUCUUGGAUUAAAAAACGAUUCCUCGGACGGGAAAGACACCCCGUCCAGUUGGCUGGAUCUAGACUUCCCAAAACCGAAGCCUAAAGUCCAAGAAGUCAAACUGACCUCCUCUGGAAGUGAGAGCAACCUCCUGGACACUUCCGGCGAGUUCGACGAUGAGGACUUUGUCGCGAAAAUCAAGAACCUCUGUGUCCCCUUCUCCCACCCGCCGCGGAAGCACCACCCAAUCCGUUCGCCGCAGCCCCCGUUCGCGAUGCCGGCCAUCAGGGAGACCAGCUUAGAGAAAACCUUUGACCCCGAGGAGUUCACGUUCGGCCUGAGGAAGAAGAAGCAGCUCAGCUUGGACCUUUCAGUGGACCUUCACAGCACGGAGACCAAACCCAACGUCCUGCCCACCAGGGCUAGCUUUGCGGAGCGCAGCUUGCUCCUCGGCGGGCUCAGGGACGCGAAACCCGCGAAGGACGAGGCCGUCAAAGAAGACGACCAAAUCCGAGUCAAGUCUCGCUUGGAGGGCAGCUCUCUCUACAGUAGUCUUUUUACUUCUCACUUAAGAGGGGCUAAGAACGGACCUCAGGCUGAAAGCAGCCCUUCAGAGGAGGCGCUGCCUUCACAAUCCCCCCUGCUUACCCCCUUACCCCUACCAGAAAACGCAUCAAAGGACAAGCAGAGCAAAGAGGAAGUCCAGACUUCAGAGGAUGUGGUCAGCGACUCAAUUCCUGCACUUCCUUCUUUUAACGACAUCAAGCUGCCGGAUUACUUGAAGAAGUAUCUUCCACCAGAACCGGCGGCUGCCGAACCGAGUCCACACGGACAGGAGAAAACAGAGUUUACUGGGAAAAUGGCAGCUCCAGUCUCCACAGCGACGGCAGACUUGGUUUCAACCCCUAAUGUGGGGCUUCCUGACAGUGUAGCUUCAUGUUUUCCUGGGAUUCCUCCAACCACACUCUCUACACUCCCUGACCUCAAGCAGCCUGUGACUCAGCCACAUAAAACGUUUGACAACGGAUGUCAUAAGCGCCCUGGAAAGAUGGUGCUGUUUGAGAACGCUCAGUUCGGCGGCCAGGCGUACGAGAUUUACAGGGAUGUGGCAGAUGCUUCGUCCCUGCAGCUCUCACCUCUCAUCUCUGUGAAGGUUGUGAGAGGCUGCUGGCUGCUCUACGAGAGGCCCAACUUUCAGGGGCGUGUCAUCGCCUUGGAGGAGGGGCCGGUUGAUUUGGAAAACCAGUGGGCAGAGUGCGCGCCAGAAACGGAACCGCACGAGCGUCCGCCGAUGCUAAUUGGAUCCAUUCGACUGGCCGUCAGGGAUCACAGCCUCCCCCGUAUUGAUCUUUUCACCGAUCCCGAAGGCCGAGGAAGAGUCACAUCGUAUCUGGACGAUGCGAUAGAGACGGGCUCGUACGGCAUCCCGCUGACAACAGCUUCCAUACAAAUUCACUCCGGAGUGUGGCUUGUGUUCAGCGAUCCAGGCUUCCAGGGGAUGCUGUCUGUGCUAGAAGCUGGAGAGUAUCCAUUCCCCGAAACCUGGGGCUUUCCAUCCCCCUUCGUUGGGUCUCUUAGACCCCUGAAAAUGGGUGGAUUGAAGGUGGAAUAUCCCAGCGAGGUUAAGGCUGUGUUAUUUGAGAAACCGGCGUUUGAGGGCUCCAGUUUGGAAAUCGACAGUGAAGUUUUUAGCUUUUCUGAUGAAGCAAACCCACUAAAGUCUGUGGGUUCCUUAAAGAUCAUUGGAGGAUUCUGGGUGGGAUACAGCCAGCCGGGGUUUGAGGGUCACCAACAAAUCCUGGAGGAAGGAGAGUACGUCGACUGCAGCGACUGGGGAGGCUCCGAGCUUCUCUCUCUGCGGCCGGUGCAUUCUGAUUUCCUGUCUCCACACGUGAAAAUGUUCAGCGACAGAGACUUUGGGAAGCUCGGCGUGAACAUUAACCUCACCGGUCCCGUCAUUAGCAUGGACGAGACCGGCUACGGCAUGAAAACGCAUUCCGCGGAUGUCACCAGUGGUGUGUGGGUUUUCUUUGACGAGCCGGGAUUCUGUGGAAAGUGUUACAUCCUGGAGAAAGGCCUGUACGGAAGCCCGGAGGACUGGGGGGCCAUGCAACCCCGAGUCGGCUCAGCAAUGCCUGUUUUGUUGGAUGAUUUUCUGAACGUCUCCAAGUUUAAGGUGCAGCUUUUCUCUGAUCCGGGUUUCCGGGGCUCCGUCCUCACCCUAGAAGACAGUGCGGCAUCACUGGAGGACGGCUUCUCUGUGGCCUCCUGCAAAGUGCAGGCAGGCAGCUGGCUCGCGUUUGAAGGCCAGGACUUCACAGGAAAGAUGUAUGCGUUGGAAGUGGGGAGCUACCCGGAUCUGAGAGCAAUGGGCUGCGUCAGCAAGAGCUCGUCCAUCCUGUCUCUGCAGUCCAUCGGCCCUGAGUUCUCGUUGCCGUCCAUCACUCUGUUCGAGCGCAGCGGUCUGCGUGGGAAGAGGGUUCUUCUCACCGACGGAGCCGUCAACCUCCUGCUGGCGGGGGGCAGCACGCGGGUCCAGUCGGUUCUGGUGGAGGGAGGCAUGUGGAUUGCGUAUGAGGGAAUUAACUACCGAGGGGCUCAGAUUUUGCUGAAGCCUGGCGAGAUUCCAAACUGGCACAAAUUUAGCAGUUGGCAGAAAAUCGGAUCUCUUCGUCCUCUUUUGCAGAAACACGUGUACUUCCGCUUACGGAACAGACAGUCGGGGAUGAUGAUGUCCAUCACCGGGGAUUUCGACGACGUCAAAAUGCUGCGGAUCCAAGAAACGGAGGAAACGGGCGGCUUGGAGCAGAUUUGGCUGUACCAGGAUGGGCAUCUGUACUGCAAGCUGUUUGAGGAGUACUGCCUAAGCCCGAGUGGAAGCGUCACAAUCCCCGGAAGCAGAGCGGGAGUCACGCCAAAGUUUGAUGAUCAAAUUCACCCGUGGAGCAUCACUCCGGAGGGGUUUGUUCGCUACACCCUCACCCCUGACCUCGUCCUGGAAGUCAAAGGUGGACAUCAGUACGAUAAGAAGCACGUGAUUUUAAACACUCUGGAUCCACACAAACUACAGCAGAGAUGGGAUGUGGAAAUUCUAUAACAAGCGGAGAAAAGUUUCCAAACUGAACUUCAUAAAACUGAACAGAAUGAAAUGUAAGCACCUUAAAAUAUCUCAAACAAGUGUUACAACCUUUGGCACACUCUUCCUCCCUGCAGACGAAGAUCAGGGUAAUUCGGCUUUUUCUUGCAUCUCCUCCUCUGAUUCUGCAGUUUCUCUGCAGCUGUCGUCCUCUUCAGACACCUUGACCACGGUCUUCCCUCUGGCGUGGCCGUGCUCCAGUUUCUGAAAAGCCUGAGGCACCUGGGCGAAAGGGAACUGGGCCUCCACCACUGGAAGGAUCUGUGAUGAAGCAUGAAGAGAAAUGUUAAAAAUUAAAAUUAAAUUGAUCUUUAAUUGA